UGGUGAUACAAGUGGACAUACUUUGUUUCCUGCCGAUCAGCUUAAUUAGUGUGGAAGAUGCCUCGGUAUGAUGAUCGGCAUGAUCGCCAUGGCAGCACACGUCUCUAUGUUGGUCGCUUGUCUUCAAGGGCGCGCUCACGUGACCUGGAAGACCUCUUCAGCAGAUAUGGAAGAGUACGGGAUGUGGAUUUGAAGCACGACUUCGCCUUUGUUGAAUUUAGUGAUCCUCGUGAUGCUGAUGAUGCAAGAUAUAGCUUAAAUGGAAGAGAAUUCUGUGGGAGUCGUAUAUUAGUUGAAUUUGCCAAGGGAGGACCACGUGGAUCAGGUGGUUCAAGGGAGUAUCUGGGAAGAGGUCCUCCUCCUGGGUCUGGUCGCUGCUUCAACUGUGGCCUUGAUGGUCACUGGGCUCGAGAUUGCAAAGCUGGAGACUGGAAGAACAAGUGUUACCGAUGUGGAGAAAGAGGUCAUAUAGAAAGAAACUGCCAGAAUAGUCCAAAGGAACUGAAACGUGGGCAUAGCUAUUCUCGGUCACCAUCACGAUCCCCCUCUCCUCGCCGUGGCAGAAAAAGCCGGAGUCGAAGUUACAGCCGGAGCCGCAGUUACAGCCGAUCCAGAUCACCUGCAAGGAGAGAGAGGAGUGUUGAGCGUGAGGAGAAGAGGUCAAAGAGUCCACGUUACAGCAGGAGUCCUAAGUUGAAGAAGAGUUCACCUCCACCAUCUAGAGGAAGGAAGCGCAGCCUUACACCAGAUGGGAACAGUCCUCAAGAGAGAGAAAGUCCACCGAGAGAGAGCAAGGAGGCCACUCAGCAUGAUGGGUCAGACUACAGUGGGAGUCCUAGAGCCAAGAGCAGAAGCCCUGCAAGCCCUGAGAGAGGAGAGAGCCCUGAAGGCAGGAGGUACCAAAGCCCUCAAGCGAAUGGACGGAGCCCUAGCCCUAGUCCUAGGGAUGACAGGAGUCCUGUAGAAGAUGAGGAUGACAACCGUGGUUCUCCUCAGGGCAGUGAAUCUCCUUCAAGUGCUCAUAACUAGGGUUCUAAGUAAUGACCUUGUUGGGAACUAAAUUUAACUAUGUUCUGUUUACAUAAUGUGACUAUUGUUGGUAACAGUAGUAGUAAUAGACAUUUGACUUGGAUAAUGAACAAUUUGGGAAUAAACCUCUGUUUACAGAACCAUGG